AUUUCGGAUGGCCUCCCUUGCUGCACUUAUCAGCCCGGCCCGAUAAGGCUAACCAUGACCCCAUUUCCCCCAGCCACUUCCUCCCUCCAGGGUCUUUUGGUGGUGAAAUCUUUGGUCCUUUUCUUGUGUAUCUUAUUAGAGUACCUCAGUCACCUUUGUCAUUUGUCACGAGUCAAAAUAUCACGCAGCCAUUGAAAGUGCUCGCGUCGGUCCUCGCGGGGUUCCUCACCGACACUUGGACGGGAUCUAGACGGAUCUACCUAGGAUAUCGCAUUGGCGAUCAGUUCCAGUUCACUCUAGCUAUAGCCAGGACACAAAGAUACGCUUCUGUCCAAUGGCCACUAUCCAUGACAAUGAUGAGCUUCUCCUAGCCCGCAUUGGCUACAAACAGGAAUUGAAACGGGAGUUCUCCAAAUGGUCCACCGUCUCCUAUGCCAUUUCCAUUCUGGGGAUAUUAGGCUCCGUCCCCGCCACGUUCGGUGCUCCCCUGGCUGCAGGAGGCCCGGCCACCGCAGUAUGGUGUUGGUUCGUGGGUUCUUGCAUGGCCUUGUGCAUUGGAAGCUCGGUGGCAGAGCUGGUCUCUGCAUAUCCUACCGCCGGGGGCAUGUACUUUGUCACCAAGCAUGUGGUCCCGGACGAACAGGUGCCCAUCUUUUCCUGGGUCCAGGGAUGGUGUAACCUGCUUGGACAGACGGCGGGUGUGUCAAGCGUCGCAUAUACCGUCAGUCAGAUGCUGCUUGCUUGUGCCAGCAUGAACUCGGAGCUUGUCGAUGGCAAGUACUCGUAUUCACCUUCUGCGUCCGAUACGGUGCUUUUGUCUGUGAUAUUGCUUUGCGUGUUGGGUGUGAUCUGCUCGAUGACUACCAAAGCUUUGCAUCGGAUAUUUCUCUGGUUUGCCCCGAUUAACAUUGCUGCGACGAUCGGUAUCUGCUUCGUGUUGUUAUGGUUCACCCCCGACAAGCAACCGGCUACCUGGGUCUUCACCCACUUCACUGAUGGAUCCGGAUGGGGAUCCAAGGUAUUCUCAUUUCUGUUGGGAUUCAUCUCGGUUGCAUGGACAAUGACAGACUACGAUGGAACCACACACAUGUCCGAAGAAACUCACAAUGCUGCCGCCCUAGGUCCCCUGGCCAUUCAAUCCGCCGUCGUCGUGUCCGGCAUCCUUGGCUGGAUCUUGACCGUGUCCAUGUGCUUCUGUCUGACCGACUUUGAGGGUAUCCUGAACACACCAACAGGUCUGCCAGCAGCGCAGAUCUUCUUGAACGCCGGGGGCAGAGUCGGUGGCUCAGCUAUGUGGGGAUUAGCAAUACUCGUCCAAUUCUUCACUGGCUGUUCCGCCAUGCUGGCAGAUACUCGAAUGGCCUAUGCCUUUGCUCGUGACGAAGCCCUGCCAUUUUCUUCCUUCCUCUCCAAAAUCAACCCCUACACUCAAACCCCCGUCAACGCCGUCUGGUUCGUCGUUCUCUUCAGCAUCUGUCUGAACUGCAUCGCCAUCGGCUCGACGCAAACGGCCACGGCCAUCUUCAGCAUCACCGCGCCUGCGCUAGACCUCUCUUACGUGUCUGUGAUUCUCGCCCACCAGAUAUACCGAAAACAAGUCAAAUUUAUCGAAGGACCAUUCACCCUGGGACGAUGGGGACCCUAUAUCAACUGGAUCUCGGUGCUGUGGGUGGUUUUUAUCAGUUCGGUGCUGUUCUUUCCGCCAACAGUGCCUGUGACAGUUACCAACAUGAACUACGGCAUCUGCGUCGGUAUCUUCAUCGCUGCUUUUGCAUUAGUCUGGUGGUUGGUUGCUGCGAGAGGAAGAUACACCGGCCCCCGAACAACAGACGACAUGCAGGCCGUUCCAACCGAAGAACCAGGCACCGGCUACGGAACCAUGGAUUAGCCAACAUGUCAACAACUCAAACCUUCCCUCCCUCAUCCCAAAGACUUAACGAACUAUUCAUCCUCCCCCCAUCCUAACCCUACGCUCCUAACUUACCAUACAUACACUAUACAUAGACCAAAUAGACCAAAC